UCAAGGAAACUUGUGAAUGAGAAGUGGCUCUUCAGGUGAGAGAAGCUCUUUCUUCUUCUCGAGUGUUUGGAGUUCAAACAGGAUCAAAGGAUCGUCUGAGUCAGAGGUCAGAUCAGCUGAUCAGCAGCAGCACGAGGAAGACUACGUUUCCCAGAAGUCUUUGAGCAGCAGAGGCAGGACUCAGAGACUGAAGGUCAUGGAGUGUAAGGUCAGACUGCUGGACGGCUCAGACUACACCUGCACCGUGGAGAAACGAGCGAAAGGUCAGGUGCUGUUCAGUAAGGUUUGUGAUCACCUGAAUCUCCUGGAGGAGGACUAUUUCGGCAUCACGUACCGGGACGCUGAAAACCAGAAGAACUGGCUGGACGUUUCUAAAGAGAUGAAGAAGCAGAUCAGCACUGGUCCCUGGAACUUUGCUUUCAACGUGAAGUUUUAUCCUCCCGAUCCAUCGCAGCUCUCUGAGGACAUCACAAGGUAUUUCCUGUGUCUGCAGCUGAGAGAUGACAUUGUUUCUGGACGCUUGCCAUGUUCUUUCUCGACUCUCACAGUGUUGGGCUCCUACACGGUUCAGUCGGAGCUGGGAGACUGUGACUCUGAGCUGCAGGGGUCCUCUCAUCUCAGUGACAUGCGUCUGGCCCAGAACCAGACCAAAGAGCUGGAGGAGAAAGUGCUGGAGCUCCACCGCGGAUACAAAGGAAUGAAUCCUGCUGAAGCUGACAUGUUGUUCCUGGAAAACGCAAAGAAACUUUCCAUGUAUGGAGUCGACCUGCAUUGUGCCAAGCUGCUCGGGAGGCUGUUUGAUUGUUUAGCAGCGGUGCAGGAGGAGGAUUCAGAGGGUGUGGAGAUCAUGCUAGGAGUUUGUUCCAGCGGCCUCCUCGUCUACAGAGAGAAACUACGCAUCAAUCGCUUCGCCUGGCCCAAAAUACUCAAGAUCUCCUACAAGAGGAACAACUUCUACAUCAAGGUUCGGCCGGGAGAGCUCAAACACUUCGAGAGCACCAUCGGAUUCAAGCUCCCCAAUCACAAAGCAGCAAAGAGACUCUGGAAAGUCUGUGUGGAGCAUCACACCUUCUUCAGGCUGGUUUCUCCUGAAGCUCCUCCCAAGCGCUUCCUGUCCUUGGGCUCAAAGUUCCGCUACAGCGGCCGAACACAAGCGCAGACGCGGCGAGCGAGCGCUCUGAUCACACGAGAAGCGCCGCAGUUCCAGCGAUCGGCCAGCAGGAGGAACACCGUCGCACCCAGCAUGAACAGCACGCCAGCGACGGUCACCCGUGACGACGAGAAGAACGACAAACCCGCUGUUGCUACGGAUGACCUCAUCGCCAUGGAAACGCCGGAGAAGAAAGCAGAGGAGAUGAACUCAGUGGAGGAGGAGAAUAAAGUCAACAGUGACGAAUCAGAGCAAGCCCCGCCCCCCUCCGUCACCAAGUAUAGUUUCAUAAAACGGAUUAAAGGAGAGAAUGUGUUUGUCAAGCACAGUAAUCUCAUGUUGGAGGAGACGGACACGCCCACAGCUCUAGUGCAGCAUCAUCUGAGCGUCACUGAGAUGAAGAGGUUGUUUCUGCAGAUGCGCUGUGAAGCGUCGGGUGUGAACGAGUGGGACAGAAGACUGUCCUCGUCUCCUCGACCGGACGACCCGUCUCUGGUCAAACCUGUACACUCACAGGAAAUGUCAGAGGAGGAUAAAGCCGAAUCUGAAGAUGUUCCAGUGCAGAAGGAUCACGCUGCUGAUGGUGUGGAGCAGUCGGAGGAAGCGCUCAAAGAUGUUCCUGUGGUUCACACCGAGACCAAGACCAUCACAUACGAGUCUGCUGAGGUGGAUGCCAGCGGAGACUCUGAUCCAGGAGUCCUCAUGAGCGCUCAGACCAUCACGUCAGAGAACAACAGCACCACCAGCACCACACACAUCACCAAGACGGUGAAGGACGGGAUUUCAGAGACUCACAUCGAAAAGAGGAUCGUCAUCACAGGAGACGCAGACAUCGACCACGACCAGGCUCUGGCUCAGGCCAUUAAAGAGGUCAAAGAGCAGCACCCAGACAUGUCGGUCACUAAAGUAGUGGUUCAUAAAGAGAGCGAGAUCUCAGCGGCUGACGGUGACGUGUGAAUCUCGCAGGAAUAAGAUCCAGACUCUACCUUGAGCUCAUCAGCUGUGAACCAACGGCUGACCUCUGACCUCUGACCAGAUCUUCAUCAUCACACCGUCAGCUUCACCCUCGUCAAACCAAACCCUCGCUGAGAUGCAAACAAGAAAAGAGGAAAUGGAUUUCCCGCCAAAAAAGUUUGAUGAUCCCUUGAAAUAUUUCCAAAUAUUAAUUUCUGGUUUAUUUAUGGUCAAGUGUGAAUCCCACAGAAUGCACCCGCUCCAGAUUAAAACUGAUCCUGCAUUAUAAAGGCAAAACAACAAAAAUAAAAUAAAAGAAAGUUAGCCACUAUUUUAAGGGCUUUGUAAAACUGUGUAUGUGUUGGAGCAGAGAUGCUUGAGUUUGGUACUGAACCCCUUGACCUUUGACCUUUCUUAUAUUUGACCCUGUGGGGUCGUGGUGUUUUUAGCUUGUGUAACGGAUCUAACCAGCGACAAAAGAGUGAUAAAUGCAAUUGUUGGGAUUUUUAUUUUGGAAUAAAAUGUUGCUGAAAUCGAA